GGUGACGUGCGGCCCGCGCCACUGCUGCCCGCGGACGCGCGCGGACCCCCUGUGCUCAUGGCCCAAGCGAAGAUCAGCGCCAAGGCCCACGAGGGCCGCUUCUGCCGCUCUUCGUCCAUGGCGGACCGCUCCAGCCGCCUGCUGGAGAGCCUGGACCAGCUGGAGCUCAGGGUUGAAGCUUUGAGAGACGCGGCUACUGCUGUUGAACAAGAGAAAGAAAUCCUUCUGGAGAUGAUCCACAGUAUCCAGAACAGCCAGGACAUGAGGCAAAUUAGUGACGGAGAGAGAGAAGAAUUAAACCUCACUGCAAACCGUCUGAUGGGACGAACCCUCACCGUUGAGGUCUCGGUGGAAACAAUUCGAAACCCACAGCAGGAGGAAUCCUUAAAGCAUGCCACGAAGAUUAUAGACGAGGUGGUCAGCAAGUUCCUGGAUGACCUGGGAAACGCCAAGAGCCACCUCAUGUCACUCUACAGUGCGUGUUCAUCUGAGGUGCCAGCUGGGCCAGUUGACCAAAAAUUUCAAUCGAUAGUAAUCGGCUGUGCUCUUGAAGAUCAGAAGAAAAUCAAGAGACGAUUAGAGACCCUGCUGAGGAACAUUGACAACUCUGACAAGGCCAUUAGACUGUUAGAGCACUCCAAAGGAGCAGGGGCCAAAAACCUGCAGAACGCUGACGGCAAGUUCAACUAGUCUUCAAAUCCAUCGGCCCUUACAAAAGAUGCGAAAAAGAAGAACUACUAUUUUAAACAAUUAGGGCUGUAUGUUAGGCAUAACCCCUUACUUGAUGCUGACAGUUAUUUCAGAUGACAAAUUAUUCCAGUGACGACAGAUGCACAAAGUAACACUUAAACCAGAAAUAUUUCAGUCCCCUACUUUGAAGUUUUGGACAGUAUUCCCAUCUUAACUGGACUCUAGCACUGUGUAUUUAACUUCUGAAGAUGCAUAGAGUGUGUGGGGAAAAAUUUUAAAAUGGGCAAAAAGUAACAUUGCUUUUUCCUUGACUUCAGCACAGAUGCACCUUGCUCACACCAGUGUGA